CCGGCCUCCGUUGUCACAGCGUCCAUACCUGGUGAUAUCUUUACACACACGAACAUUUCCCACCAAUUCCACAGCUUUGACGACAACACUAACUCCGUCCUUUCCUAUGCUAUAGACUCGGUUGGCGUCGAGCGCGUUGUCCUCGUUGGUCACAGCAUCUGCGGAGGUGCCAAAUCAGCGAUAAAGGCUGCCGCCGAA